UGUUUUAACAGCUUCGCUUAUUGGUCACAUUAGAAGCGAAUUGGAAUUUUUGUUUAAUUAUUUCUUAUUUUCACAAAAUUAUAACACAAAAAGCUAACUAAAUAGCUUAUAAACAAGCUCCCUGGUGUUGAGGAAAGGUCGCUUACAUCUUCAAGCUAAACAGAAUCACCAACGACAUGAAUUUCCUGCGGCAAACUUUCGGCAUUACGAAACACCUGACUUCGCUUGCCAUUCAGAGCAGUUGUGAGACCGCCAUGCGUGGAAUGGCCUCUCUGCAGCAGAUGCACCGCAGUGGGCCGCACGUGAAGACGCGACCGCCGCGUCAGCCGCUCGAUGGGAAGCCCUUCGCCAAGGGCGUCGUCCUCAAGACGCUGAUCAAGAAGCCCAAAAAGCCAAAUUCAGCCAACCGCAAGUGCGUCCUGGUGCGCCUCUCCACCGGCAAGGAAAUGGUGGCCUACAUCCCCGGCAUCGGUCACAAUCUGCAGGAGCACAACAUCGUUCUGUGCCGCGUGGGCCGCUUACAGGAUGUGCCCGGCGUGAAACUGAAGGCUGUGCGCGGAGUCUACGACUUGGCGCACGUCGUCAAGAAGACCCAAUAGUUUAAUAUCACAACAUUAUUCAAAUGCAUAACCCCACAAAGGACAAAACGGAUGCCUCGUUGUUAUUAUUGUUUACUUUUUACGGAAAAUUAUGCAGCUCAGCCGGAUUAUAGGGUAUGCCAUCGGUAAUGGAUGCUUUAAAAUAUCAACGCAGCUGUAACUUGCCGAUAUACAUAAAUAUAACGAUUUGUUCAGUGAUCAGCGACAGUAUAAAUUCUGACCUGCGGGCAAAGAUAGUGUUUUAUUGUACACAAUUUCCUAGUUUUCUUAACAUCAUUUUACCAAUGGGAAAACAAAAUAAAAUUUCAAGGUUUGUAUAGCA